GAAAUAAUAAAUUGUUAAACAUAUAGGUAUGUAAAUAAUAAAAUUCGGAGUAUCUAUAAUCUACGCAGACCGACCGCAACGACACUACAGGAUUUGUUUUCAAUAAACAUGGAGUGUUUAAAGUCGGAAAUGACAGUUGCUAGAAAUUGUGCAAUUCAACUUAGUAACAAAUUUGGCUUAAAAGAGCUAAAACAGGUAAUCAGUAAGACUGUUUAUCCAAAUCUGUUCAAGCUACUUCAAGUUGCCUUAGUUUUGCCGAUAUCAUCUGCUUCAUGUGAAAGAAGCUUUUCUGCAAUGAGAAGAAUAAAAUCUUGGACACGUACCACGAUGGGUCAGGAAAGACUAUCUGACUUAUCGAUAAUUCAUAUUGCUUAAAUAAGUUUGC